AUUUGGUUAUCUUGUUGUUUGUUUGUGAUUUGUGGUGAUACAUUGACCAUUGACAUAACCUUUCGCUAUUGUCAAAAUUAUCAUUAAAAUGUGGUUAUAUUAGGGUUUUUAAUUGUAUCGGAAUGUUUGCUAACAAUUAUUAAUAGCUUAAAUUUAGAUAGGCCUAUUUAAGGUGAUCAAGUAGGCCUACAUAGGCCCUACUAUAAAUUCAAUUAUGAGUGAUCUGGGUAAGAAAAUAUCAUUUGGUUUUAGUAAGCUUGCCAAAAAGACAGCUAUUGUCCCCACUAAUUUAAAUAAGAACAAACAAGAUGAUGAAGUCAAUAAAGUAGAGUUUAUCGAUUGCCUGGAAGGAAAAUCUAUCAAAUUGAGGGAUCCAGUAAAAGAAGAAACUGGACCAUUAGUUAUUCCACUUACAAGACCGAAGAGAGACAACAAAUCAAUUCAAGAGGUAGGCCUGGAUGUCAAUAAAGUUAAUGGAAAAAGCUUAGAUAAAGAGAUUGAAAACAUUUCUGUGACACCAUCCAGUGAAAAGGAUAAUCAAGAAACUGUGGGUGUUGAUAAAUCUAAAGAUAUAUGUUCUAACGAUGUUCAAAAUAAACAAGAAACUUUAGACGAAAUUGCAGCUAGAGAAAUACUUGAAGAAUUAAAUCGAAAGAAGUCAGAAGAUGAGGAGAGACGUGUUUUCAGUGUUCCUUUGACAAGUAAUGCACCUUCAGGAGAGAAAGAAUCAACUUUAGAAGAUUAUGACAAUGUCCCUGUUAAUGAUUUUGGAUUGGCUAUGCUUAGAGGUAUGGGCUGGGCCCCUGGAAAGGGUAUUGGGAAGAAUGAAAAACUUGUUGCUCCCACUUUGCCUACCCUUCGUCCUAAAGGAAUGGGUUUAGGGGCGGACAAAAUUAUAAAAUCAGCUGAAAAGAAAAGUUCAAACGAAGAUUUAAAAAUGGUUAAAGGUAGUUUUAUUCGUAUAAUAGCUGGACACGAUAAAGAUGCGUAUGGUCAAAUAGAGGGGCUGGAUGAUGAAUCUGGAAGAUUGAUCGUAAAACUUGCCUUAAAAAAUACUACUGUCUCUUUGAAUGAAUUCAUGGUUCAGUUGGUUGAUUCAAAUGAGUUUAAGAAAAAUUCAAAAGUGAUAAAUGUUAGUAAAUAUGAAGAAUAUAAAAAAGACGAAGCCAAAAUAGAAAUGAAAUCACAUGAUAGCAAACGUGCCAAAGUAAUAAUAUCAAUAGAAAAUAAAUCUUCUAAAUCUGAGAGUAAAAAUAAAUCUUCUGGAAUGACCCGUUCAAGUUCAUGUGAAAGUGAAGAGUAUAGUAAAGUGAAAGUUUCUUCUAAUAAGCAUUCAACUGACAAGUAUAAGCAAAGUCAAAGUAGACGUUCAAGGAGUCCUCAUGACAGAAGUAGACUAAAAGGAAAAUCACACGACUCAUCCAAAUAUAAAGUUAGCUCAAACCACCCUAUCAAAAUUUCAACUGAUGAGGUUAAAAAACACAGGUCUUAUUCAUCAGAUAGUUCCAGCAGUGCUAGUAGUUACAGGCAAUCCUACAAACAGAAAUCCAGUUCGUCCAAGCGGAAAAGUUCAGCUAGAGAUAGAUCUCUGAGUAGACAGAGGUCUAGUUCCAACUCAUCUACUUCUGAUAGUUCAGCGCAUUAUGCGAGAAAGAAGGCUACCAAGCAUAAAAAGAAAAAGUCAAAUUCACAUAAAUACCGAUCAAGAAGUAGGUCUCGUUCACCAAGAAAACAAAAACAUAAAAAAGGAAAAAGAUAGGCUAGUGCUACGGACUCUUAAGAUACCAUACUCUCAUUGCAACAGGAAUCAGGUGCGAGUCGUUGCUGCCCUUCUGAUGAACCUCAUCUUCAGAAGAACAGGUUUUUAAAGUAAUGUAAUGUACUAAUGUACUUAUUUAUAAUCUUACACAAAAAUGAAUGUAUUUUACCUAUUGCCUAGAAUUGCAUUUUAUCUUGUUCUUUUAGAACAUUUGAUAUAAAGUAUGUUUUGUAAACACAAUUAUGUUAAAAAUAAAUAGUUCAUGUAUAA